GAGAUGGCAAAUGUUGUGGAAGCCAAUGGGCGGCAGAGGAGAAGACAGAGAUUAGACAAAAAAUUGAAAGUUGCAUACACAGGAGUUGAGAUGGUGGCUCAUGUAAUAGAUAACUAUGACAGGCCAAGGAAUAGUUAUGCUAAAGGAGUGUAUGCCAAUACAGACAAAUACGCAUACGCCUUCAGUAACAAACCUGGACAACGCAUCCCAAAAGCUGGAGUUAUGGCACAGGCUGGAGUAGGACGCGCUGAAAUAGAGUGCAGCAUCUUUGAAGCUGAAGCCAAUGGACCAAAUGCAUCUGCAGGUGCUGAGGCAAAUGUACUGAAGGCUGUUGCUGUGGCUCAAGCUGAAGUUGGAAGUGUAGGAGCAUCCAUGGGCCCAUUGGAAGUGAAAGCCAGAGGCCCAAAUGUUGGAGCGGAAGCUGAGGUUUCCCUGCUUGGAGCUGGUGCCAUGGCUCGAGCGGAGGUUGCGAGUGUAGCAGCAGCUGCUGGCCCAUUUGAAGUGAAAUGUGGGCUGGCGGUUGACACUGGUGUCAAACUCAGCUUCAUACAAGGAGAAUUAAAGUUUCUGGGCACUGGGGUGACAGUCGGCCGCACAACAGGGGUUUCUGUGCUUGGAAAUGAAGUAACUAUCAGUCUUUGGUAAAGCAACGUUAAUUCUAAAAAUCACUUACAUUUAUUUUUUUCACAAUGUGUAAAAUUCAAGU